AUGACCUCCAUUCUCAGAGCCACGGCCGCCGGACAAAACCACGAUAGAUUUUGGAUCGACGCCGCAGAGGUCGCCACCGAGAUGGCUUCGGCAACCAUUGAGGAGGCUAUUCGCGAUGCGAACGAUGAUAACGACGAUAUCACAGCGCCACAGAAGAUGAUGUCUGCUAUAUCUGGUAGCCUCCUAACGUCGCUUCUAGUCACACCCCUCGAUGUCGUACGCGUAAGAUUGCAAUCGCAAGUCGCCACCAUACCUCCUAAGAUCGACUUCUCCAAACUCGCCCUCACGACUGAUUCUCUACUACCCAAUGUCCGCGUUGCCGAUCUCGGUGUGACGUCCUGUUGUCGGGAGGUCUUCUUCUCCAACAAUUAUGCCGAAUCCUGCAUCAUGGCGCCACGUCCCCCCUCUGCCACGACGAUGACAGCUACCGCGAGUGCGACUGCGACUGCGACGAUGCCGAAUAUCGAAUGCGCCGUGGAAGAGGCGCAGAGGAGGACGAUAAGCUCAACGCUGGAUGGAUUCAAGAAAAUUGCGCAGAACGAGGGUAUCUCGAGGUUGUGGAAGGGUCUUUCGCCCACGCUCGUCAUGGCCAUACCGGCAAACAUGAUUUACCUUACCGGCUACGACUGGCUACGCUUCAAUUCGAAGAGCCCGAUUGCGCGAACCGUGCCGGACGACUAUGUUCCCCUCGUGGCUGGUUCAACCGCAAGGAUCCUAGCCGCCACCUCGGUCAGCCCCAUCGAACUGUUCAAGACUCGUCUGCAGGCGACAUCGGGAGAGGCCGGUACCAGCCAUGUCCUCGAGACAUUCCGCGGGAUCCAGGACAUGGUUUCCGCGCAAGGUUAUCGAUCACUCUGGAGGGGGUUGACUCUCACUUUGUGGCGCGAUGUGCCAUUUUCCGGCGUUUACUGGUACGGAUACGAGGCUAUCCGGGGCAAGCUUUCGGACAUGAGAGAUGAGAAACGGGGACGUACGCUGGAGAGGAUCGGACCCCGGAGUCACGCGCGGAGGCGCUCCCAAAGCCACGAGAACCACCGCGAGACGUUUGCGGACAGCUUCAUUGCCGGCGCCUCUUCGGGAGCGAUGGCCUCGACGCUGACGAUGCCCUUCGACGUCGGAAAGACCCGGACGCAAGUGAUGCGCGACGGCAAGGCUGCGGCAGAUGCUGCGAAGUCGGAGGUGCCCGAGGCCCGGUCGAUGGUACGGCUGCUCUGGCACAUUUUCAAGAACGAGGGCGUGGCGGGAUUGUGGAAGGGGUGGAUACCGAGGACGCUCAAGGUUGCACCGGCUUGUGCCAUUAUGAUUAGCAGCUACGAGGUGUCGAAACGGGUGUUCAGGGGUGUGAAUGAAAGGUCGGGAUCGGAUAGAGCUGGCAAGCUCUAG